CCCUUCCCCUCAGCUUCGGGUGCGGCAUGGCGGCUGCGGGACCGGUGGAUUGUCACUGCCACCUCGCCGCGCCCUGCUUCCAGGCGGACGUGGCGGAGGUGGUGCGGGCGGCUGAGCAGGCGGUGGUGUCGGCGCUGGUGGUGGUGUCGGAGCAUGCCGGGGAGUUCCGGAGCGUCCUGGCCCUGUCGGAGAGAUUCCCGGGGUUUGUUUUGCCGUGCCUGGGGGUUCACCCAGUCCAAGAGAUCUCACCAGAGGAGCAGCGCAGUGUUACUUUGAAGGAUCUGGAUGCUGCAUUACCUCUUAUAGAACUCUACAAAGAUAAAUUGGUGGGGAUUGGAGAAGUUGGACUAGAUUUCACUCCCAGAUUUGCCAGCAUGGAUGAAGAGAAGGAAAGACAAAGACAGGUUUUGAUCAAGCAGAUUGAGGUAGCAAGAAGACUGGAUUUACCUUUAAAUGUCCAUUCCCGCUCAGCUGGCAGACCAACCAUUAAUCUCUUGAAGGAUCAAGGUGCUGCAAAGGUGUUGCUCCAUGCAUUUGAUGGGAAGCCAUCUGUAGCCAUGGAAGGUGUGAAAGCUGGAUACUUCUUCUCCAUUCCUCCUUCCAUUAUAAGGAGUGGACAGAAGCAGAAGCUUGUGAAAAUGUUACCUCUGGAAAAUAUGUGCUUGGAAACUGACUCUCCUGCUCUGGGGCCUGAAAAGCAGGUGAGAAAUGAACCAAAAAAUAUUUACAUUGCUGCAGAAUAUAUUGCCAAAAUUAAAGGAAUUCCAGUUGAAAAAGUUAUAGAAGUGACCACACAGAAUGCACUGAAAGUAUUCCCCAAACUUCGGAACUUUCUCCCAAUGUAGAUUGAGAAACUGAAAUACAUGAUAUUACAGAAAUUAUAUUUACAGUGUAAUUAAUAAAACAAACAUGCAUCUUAAAGUGGAGUUUUGCUGUUGGAAAGUGCAAUAAGUGAGCAGUGUUACAUAGAGGCAUAGGACAAAUACAGGAAACUUCUCAAAACCUUUGUUAUGCACCAUUUUCAUCUCUUGGAUGUGAUGAAAACAGGUUGCUUAUUUGCA